AUGAAAGUCUUUGAAGAAUGUGUUGAGACAGUUGGUCUUAAACUUAAGGUUGGUUUGUCAACGGAUGUGCCUACUAGAUGGAACUCUACAUAUAAGAUGCUUGAUAGUGCUAUUAAGUACCGACGUGCUUUUAGUAGCCUUCACUUGCUUGACACAAAUUAUAAGCAUUGUCCUUCAGAUGAAGAGUGGAUUAGGGUUUGGAAAAUUGAGCUUUUGUUGAAAAGAAAUUUGAAUAAUGAAGAUGUGGUUAUUAAAAAUAUGGCUAGUAAUAUGAGAGUGAAGUUUGACAAAUAUUGGGAACAAUAUAGUGUUAUUCUUGCUAUGGGAGCGGUGUUUGAUCCAAGAAUGAAAUUUAAACUUUUGGAUUUCUGUUUCAAAAAAUUGGAUCCAAAUACUUGCAAGCAAAAGGUGGAGUAUGUGAAAAACAAGUUAUAUAUGCUCUUUGAAGCAUAUAAAAGUAAGUCUACGACCGCGGUCCCUAGUUCUUCAACUUCGACCACACCAUGUGAAAAAAUAGAAGAAGCAAAUGAUGAAAUGAUUGAUGAGUUUGUUGAAUAUUGUAACCAAGAUGAUGAGGAUAUUGGAAAAUCAGCAUUGGAUGUGUAUUUGGAUGAACCACAGAAAGAUAUGAAGAUGUAUUCUGAUAUGGAUAUCUUGAACUUUUGGAAGGAAAAUAGGCAUCGCUUUGGUGAAUUAUCUUACAUGGCAUGUGAUAUAUUAAGUAUUCCUAUCACUACUGUGGCGUCGGAAUCAGCUUUCAGUACAGGAGGUCGUGUAUUGAACAAAUACCGGAAUUCUAUGCUUCCUUCAAAUGUUCAAGCAUUGCUUUGUGCGCGCAAUUGGAUACGUGGUUAUGAACUCCAAGAUCAUGAUGAUGGUGAUUUUUGUGGUGUUGAAGACAUUCUCCCAAUUCCAUCCGAGUUGUCAGCAGCCACAAUCAUUACUUAG